GAACCAUCCUUGAAUAACUCCUACUACGGCCCUCCAAUCCCUCCCCCUCCAUCUCACCAUCACAGCGCGCGCGGCCGAGCCGCUCCUUUGGGCUGGAAGCCCUACUGCCUGCUGUGCUCCAUAUUUAAGGCCAUCACUCUCAUCCUAAUCGUCCUAGGGAUCAUUGUUCUCAUCCUGUGGCUCAUCUUCCAGCCCCGUGACCUCCAUGUCUACGUCGAGAAUGCACACCUCGUCCGCUUCGACCUUGCUCAAAACCACAGCCUCUACUAUGACCUCGCCCUCGACAUGAGCUUCAGGAACCCCAACAAGGCUGCCUUAUACUACGAGCGGGUCGAGGCCAACGCCUUCUAUGAUGGGUCGAGGUUUGGGUACCAGAGCCUCCCAAAGUUCCACCAGCCCCGCAAGAGCACGGUGGUGCUCCAUCCGAGCUUCCAAGGCCAGAAUUUGGUGCUCGGGAACUCGGUCAAUGAAACUUUUGGCAGGGAGAAGGGUGAGGGUUUCUUCUACAUCAGUAUUAAGAUGUACACUAAGGUUAGGUUGAAGAUGGUAGUUAUCAAGAGUGCCGUGUAUGUGCCGGAGGUGGAUUGUUAUCUGAGGCUUCCGGUGCCGUCUAAUAUCACCUCGGUGGCCGCUGGGUUUACAAGGACCAGGUGCAGCGUGGACAGCUUCUCCUGAACUCUGGACUGGGUGGUAGUGUUGAUCAUUCAUUUUUUGUCCGUUUGGGUAGGUAGCUAGCUACCUACCAUCAUGUAUUUGAGUUCUUCAUGAUUCUCAUUAAUCUCUUGUUCUUUUUCUAAUAUAAAAUCUGAUUAUAAAAGAAUACUGAGAACAAGGUGUAUGACAUUGCAAAAUAUAUGUGUGGUUUGGUGUUUCGUUGUUUAUCAUCA